AAGAAGCAGCACAGAUUUUCAGCAGCCAUGAAUAAAAUCAGGACGUGGUUCAACAGAGCAAAGAAGAAACAGGAAGUAGAAAACGAGCUGGUGAUUCGACCUUUGACCCCGGAGAGAAGACAGCAGGCCUCCCAUGAUGUCCCUGUCGUCAUGGAGAUGCUGAGCUCCACCCAGAGAGAUCUGGAUGGAGGUUUGAUCCAAUCUGAUCUGAUACAGACCACCAGACUGAGCAUGCUCAGGGAGCUCCUGCAGGGAGACACCUCACAGGAACAGGAAGUCUCUGAUGUCCAACGACAACAUUACAGAACUACGAUAUCAGCUCCACUUCCUGUCUGGAGGUCACCGUUACAGGUGGAACAGGUGGAACAGGUGGAACAGGUGGAACAGGAAAAAGAGGUACAACAGGUGACAGGUGACGAGAUGCAGACGGAGCUGACCUCAGAUCUCAAAUCUGACAUCAUCAGCCUCACUCCAUCAGUGUCCUACCCUGGACUUCCUGCCCGACUCUUCCUGAAGAUGAGAGACGCCUGCUCCGCCCCCUCCUCUCCUCACCCCAGGGGGAGGAGGAGGCUCCCCUGCUCCCUGCCCUGCUCCCCUCUGCUGGGGGGGAGACGCUGGAGGUCCUCUGACUCCACCCCCUCUCUGCCCUCGCCUCUGUCCCGUCUCUGGGUGGAAGCUGCUCUGCAGAGAAGCAAAAACAUCCGCCCCCCUCCCCCACCCUCCCCACAGGUGGGACAGGAGGGGCAGGUAGAGGGGGGGACAGAGGAGGAAAGUGAGGAGGAGGAGGAGGAGGAGGAAGAUAACCAGGUGAUCAUUGUUGGGAUCAGGAUGUCGGACACCGACUCAGAGACGUGGAGGUACUGUCUGCUGACCCCCUGCGUCUGCUCCAGGUGUCCAAGUGCUCCUCCAUACGAAGGUCAGGUUUUCUCACCUGGAAACAGUCGAACAGAUCCUUCACUCAGGUCUGAGGAUCAGACUCCGCUGUGUCAGAGGACAGACACCCAGAGGACAGACACCCAGAGGACAGAGGUCCAGAGUGUCCCUGCAGACAGAGCUCCACAGCAGGGUGAAAGCUCCCGUCUGUACCCCAGUCUGAGUCAGUGGAGGAUCACAGCUGACGCUCAGACUGAACUGAACAGGAAACAGGAAGUAAACUGCUUCAACUGCCAGCUGGACACCAACACUGCCCAGUCCUGUUUCCAUGGCAACACUGAUGAUCAUCUGCAGCGUGUCUGUGAGACGACCUCAGGUUCACCAGGUGACGUCUGGACUUUCUGUUCUGAUGAUCUGAACUUCUUCCUGAGGAAAGUGUUUGAUUCCACCACCUGCAUCAGAACGACAGUUCGUCAUGUUGAAUCCUGCAGCUUCUGUUCAGACACACUGAGCGACCGAGUCAACAAACAUCUCUGCAACAACUGUCACCAGGUGUUCUGUGGACGCUGUCUGUCUCACUUCGUCUCCUUACUUCAGAUCCAUCAGUUCAGUCAAACUGCUGCAGUCUGAAGACGACCGACAGGUUACCUGUCUGUCAUACAGGUGUUCCACCUGUCACAGAAACACCUGUGCUGUUGGUAAUAAAAACCUGAUUAAACUUUCUGAUCAGUGACUCUUGUAAAUCAUGACAUCAUAAUGAGAGAAUUUAUGGACCUGGGUCACCUGUCACUGCCCCCUGCUGGUCACCUGUCACAUCACAUCGCACCUGUGUCCUGUUUGAUAGUUUGUGUUUGAACACAUCACUGAGCUCGUCCACACUUUAUUUCUGUCUGAAUCUAAAAACCCUUUAACGACCUCAGACUGUUCAGAACUCAGCUG